GCAAGCCGUCCGUGACAUACUUUAUUCCGCCGCAGCGCUUAAACAUGCGGCGCUGCUUCUUUUAAAUCUAGCUAGAGCUGUGGUAAGAGAAGACGUUUCGAAACAUCGGAAUGGCUCAAGAACAGCUCAGUGAUGUUGUCCAGAGAUGUCAAGCAAUCAAGGAUGAAAUCUUCUCACCAGAGGAUUAUGAUUUAUUCCUCAACGCUGGAAGAACCUGCAUAGAGCAAGGCGACAGUGCCCAAGUUCUCAGCAUUCUAGUUGAUGAGAAGAAUAAGAACGUUGUGAGAUGCAUGGGCUGGAAUCUUCUGGGUCCACUGGUGCAGAUCCUCCUGAAGAAAGAAGACAGAAAUCUUCCCCACUGCCAUGCCAUCCUCUCAUAUCUGCUGGAGGUUUGCAAUCCUAAAGAGCUUCUGGUAGGUUUGCUUGAGCAGGUGGAGGACGCUGACUCCGGCUCCAUCGCUGAGACACUGACUCUUCUCCUCAAGCCUUUACAAACAGUACUGCUGAGGUUGGGUAUGAAGAAGCCCUCAUCAUUGGGCAUGGCUCUCUCCACGUUGCUCAGCCAGGUGGCCAGACUGCCGGUGCCCAUCAGCAAAGAGCAGGAAGAAGACGAUGUUUUUGGCUUGUGCCGUUGCUGCACUGCUCUUCUAGAAUUUGUAAAGCCCUUUGUUGAGGAGAUCAAGGAGAUUAUAAAGGAUAACAACAGGAUAUCAAAGGACAAUGAGCUCCGAGUGGAACUCCUAAAGUUCUGCAUGAAGAGUUUAAGCGAGCCUCUACUGGAGGUGCAGUUGAAAGAUCCAGACACAUUUGAGAAGUCCCCUCUCAGAGGAUUCGCCACAGAGAUUCUGAUAAUUUUGUCAAAUAUUGGCGAGUCACUCCCAGAUUUGUUAAGUCGCAAUAUACUGAAGAAAAGGGAGGUACCAGGCUUUCUUGAAGAGGAGGUCAGGUAUCCAAAAGAGUCUUUGGCCUGCAUGUCCCACCUGCUCUUUGUGGAUCAUAUCACCAUGGACAUCUUUCCAGCUGUUCUCAGCCCAGUUUUUGUUCUUCAGUGCAACAUGGAAUAUAUUGAACUUCUGUUAAGCAGAACUGAAGAAUCCCAUCGGCAGAAAGGAUUAGAAUUGUAUGAAAAAAGUCUCAUCAGAGUUGAAGAUAACAGUUUACUAGUGGAUCUUCUGGAACUAAAGACAUUUUUCAGUGUUCCUCAGAACGUAGUCAAAGUUAUGACAUUGUGUCCAGACCAGAAUUUGAGAACAAAAGGCCUUAAAGUCUUCCAGCUGAGUAUUGACAAAUUCAACACAGAGGCCAAGUACAAGUUCUUCAGAGGCAUGUUGAAAACAAGUCACCAUGCAGGGGUCGAAGGAUACAUAAUCAAGAACAUCAAAAAUCAGAUUGAAUUUUCCCUGAAGCCUGGUAAUGGUAAUGAAUGGUUCCUGGGUAAACAUCUGCUGCCUUUGCUGCAGCUAGUGCUGUGCCUCCCUCAGGGACCAGAAACAGACCUGCUACAGAACCUAGACAGGAUCAUGGAAUCACUGAACCUCCUCCGUUACAUGCUCAUCAGAGAUAAAGAAUGGGAGAAUGAGACAGGAAUAUGGACUGAGCUUUAUAAGAUUGAGGACAACUACCUAAAGCCUCUGCGUACUGGCCUGAACAUGUCCAAAGCACAUUAUGAAGCAGAACUGAAGAGCACCAAAGAGAAUAGGAGUUCAAAAGACUCUAAAGCACCAGACUACACAGUAAGUGUUGGCAAUGAGAAGCUACCAAACAUGACUCCAGAAAUGCAGAUACAGGUUCUGCAGUCAGCCCUCUUCACAUUUGACCUGAUAGAAAGUGUGUUGGCGAGAAUCGAGGAGAUCAUUGAAGCUAAAGACAGACCGUCAUGAGGGAAAUAGGUUCUGGCCCUUUUGUGAGAAACUUUAUCAGCAACCAGCUUCAAAAUCUUAAUUUUGUUGCCACCUCUCAAAGAAAUAGGUCCCUCAAGGAAUCAACAACCAAUCAAAAAGGGAACGAGUUUUCUGAUACAGCAGCAAAAGUCUGGAAAAAAAAAACAUAGAUUGCAUUUGAUUAGCUUUACACACAUUAGCCACAUCUGUCUUUUACCCUGUCUGUGUCGACACUGGUCCCAAUCACUCUCCACUGUAUAGGUAGCAUGUAAUGAUUAUGUAAUGUCAGUGAGAACUGUUCUACAAUGUUACAUUUUUAUGAUAUUUUUAUGAUAUUUGACAUGGUAUUUGUAAAGAUUUGAUCACUCAGCUGAUUUUUGACCAUCUAUGUUUGAACAUAUCUAAUAGUUUGUACAAUACACUAAUGUAGAAAAGACACUUCAGGUCAGAAAACUCGUUUGAGAGUUAUAUGACUUGACAGUGAAACAUGUUGCUGGAUUAUUAUUUGUUGACAAUGCUCAAAUUUGUAUAAAUGUAAGUUACAAAAACAAAAAAACACUGUGAACUAUGCAAAAACAUUUGAACGAAUUAACUUAAGAUUAAAGGUAGAAUUUUAUUGGAAGAUGCAUUUAAAUUUGUUAGAGCUGUGCUUAGCAGUUUGUUCUUGCAUUUUUGCAUCCUUCCUGUGUAUAAAAUCACUCGUUUUAGGAAAAUAUUUGAUGGCAGUUAGAUUUUUGCAAUUUUGCUACAUGAAAUGAUCCCCCAAGCUUUGAAUAAACCCCAUUGUUUUCCAGA